UUGAGAAAAAAGAAAUUAAUUAUAGGAGAGAAAAAGGGUUUUAGUCUAAGAUUUCUCCAUCUCUACUUUGAUUCCCGGCCGUUCUAUCUUCGCAGCUUCCAUCUUCUUCUUCGACCAGGAACUUUUCUACUGCAGUUCGAACAAAAAAAUCUGUUCUUUGUCGAUCAUUAUGAAUCCAAACUCUGGCGAUAAUAAAUCUGGGCAGAAGCAGAAGGUUAGGUUUGCUCCUAAGGCUCCUAAAAAAUUGCUGAAACCUGUGGUUCCUAAAGUUGAAAAGGUUGAAGCUGUUGAUUCUGAUGAGGCUCAUGCACAAGAAUUAUUGCGUCGUUUCAAUGAAUCAAAGUCUAGGGCUAAAACAGAAAAGAAAGGAACAAAUGUACAAGUUGCAUUUGGUUUUGGUGGUACCACAUCUUCUUUUAGGUCAUCUGGAAGUUCAAAGAAGAGCGAAAAUACAUCCUCUGGUGGUGCGUUGAAGACUGAGAAAGAAUACAUAGAACCAUGGGAUUAUUAUAGUAACUACCCUGCAUGUCUUCCUCUGAGAAGACCUUAUUCAGGAAAUCCAGAACGUCUGAAUGAAGAGGAGUUUGGGGAAGCUUCAAGAACUUCACGUAUUAAUGAAAACACUCCAUCAAAUGCUGCAACUGACCUUGGUUUGAUGGACGAGAAUCCAGAAACGAAACUUUUACUGAUGCAAUUGCCAAGCUUUAUGCCUACAUUAAAUAAUAGUCAAAGCUCAGCUGCUUCCAGUUCUUCUAGUAAGGCGGAAUCUUCAGAGAAAACGUGCAAGUUGAAUGAUUUACCUGCUGGCUAUAUGGGAAAACUGUUGGUUUACGAGAGUGGUGCUGUCAAGCUUAAACUCGGUGAAACCAUUUUUGAUGUUUAUGAAGGGAUGAAGACUUCAUUUGCUCAAGAAGCUGUUGCUGUCAAUACAAAAACUGCUCAGAGUUGCUCUAUUGGGGAACUCAACAAAGUUGCCAUUGUUGUUCCAGAUGUUGAAUUUAUUCUGGAUAGUAUGGCCAAAAGUAAUUUAUCAUCUUAACAUUUUUCCUCUGAUUUAUUUACUUUUACUCUAUAUUCGGAUUCUAUUGGGAGAACAACGAUUUUAGUAUGCUUUUGAAGAAUAGUUUGUUUAACGAAGUCGAGUUUUAUCACA